AUGCAAAUGAAGAAAAAAAUAUGUCCAAGAAAACUUCUCGGGAUUUCCCUUGUCCACCGAUUGAUUWUACCUAAACUCAUUAAUUCCUUAGUCCUGAUGCCUCUUGGAUUUCCUUGGAGGUAAGAUGGGGUAUGAUGUAGGAAGAUUCCAAGGAGAGGUUGAUGAAGAACUGAUGUGUAGCAUUUGUGGAGGCGUCCUUGAAGAUCCACUUCAAGCCCCUGCUUGUGAACAUGCAUUUUGUGCAUCUUGUAUCCAUGAAUGGCUAAAUCAUCAACAAAGUUGUCCAAUAGACAGAAGAAAUCUAACUCCAUUACAGCUUAAGCAAGUUCCUAGGAUCUUAAAGAACCUAUUAUCUAAAUUAUUAAUUACCUGUGAUAACAGUUCUUUUGGAUGUGAGGCUAUUGUAAGACUUGAUGGCUUGUAUUCUCAUUUAUCCAAUUGUCAACRUAACCCCAAAAGACCUGUCCAGUGUGAAAAAGGAUGUGGUUUAGUUGUUCCAUUUGAUGAGUUAGUUCAGCAUAACUGUGUACGAGAGCUGAAUGUAAUAAUCCAAAAUCAAAAUCUGAAAAUAGUUGAGCUUCAAUCUCAAAUUGAUGACCAAAGACAGCAACUUAAUGAACAAAAACGAGAACUUCGGGUUCUCAAAGACAUGAUGAGAGCUAUGCGAGUCAUUAAUAUGCCACAAGCUCUUCCUGCAUUGCCCAACAAUCAAAGACCAUCUGUUUCACAUGACAGCRAUGAACUACGGGAAUGGGUUUCAAGCUUAGAACAAGCAAGAGUUACUAGAUGGGGAGGCAUGAUUUCUACCCCAGAUGCAGUUCUUCAAGCAGUUAUAAGAAGAGCUCUGUCAGACAGUGGCUGUCCUUCAAAUAUUAUAAAUGAACUAAUGGAGAAUGCGCACGAACGGAGAUGGCCACCGGGGCUGAGCACUCUUGAGACUAGACAGCUUAAUAGAAGGAGGUAUGAACAGUAUGUGUGUCGGCGCAUUGCUGGAAAACAAGCUGUGGUGAUCAUGUCUYGUGAAAAUGAACAUAUGGGAGAAGCUCUGACUUUAGAUCCUGGUAUUAUUAUGAUUUUUGCACAUGGGAUAGAAUGACACCAGAAUUUUCAAAAAAACUCUGAAAGAAGUAGAGAGCUGCACUAGCUGCACAUACCCUGAGGGGGGGGGGGGGUAUGUGCAGCCAAUAAUACCAAGGUUCUAAGUUACAAUUUCAGUACCUUAAAAUAUACCAAUACCCUGUGUUUGCAUGCUUUUUAGUUAUAGAAAGUCAGUUAAAUUAUCCUUCAACUUUGUAUAUAACCAACCAUUAAUGGUGUUUCUCCUGUGGGACACCAACAAUUCUUAGGCCCCAGGCCUCAAACUCAGUGCACUAACCAAUUAGACKUUUCUUCCAUGCCUCAAAACAAUAAAUGUUCAAAAUUAGAAAGUA